AGGUGCUGAUCAUGUUCUCUUUCUCCUCUCUAGUGCCUGAGCUGUGGUGAGGAUGAGCAGCAAGCGGAGUUUGUUUUUGCGGCUGGUGCCAUGCCGCUGCCUGCAGGGCGAGGAGGACCCCGUCACCUCACUGGACUACUCACAUUGCAGCCUGGAGCAAGUCCCGAAAGAGAUCUUCAGCUUCGAGAAGACCUUAGAGGAGCUCUACCUCGACGCCAACCAGAUCGAGGAGCUGCCCAAACAACUUUUCAACUGCCAGUUGCUCUACCGAUUGAGUCUACCGGACAACGACCUGACGGUGCUGCCACCGGGCAUCGCGAACCUCAUCAAUCUCAAGGAGCUCGACGUCAGCAAGAACAGCAUCCAGGAGUUUCCUGAAAAUAUCAAGAACUGUAAAGUCCUGGCCAUCGUAGAAGCGAGUGUGAACCCUAUAUCAAAACUCCCAGAAGGCUUCACGCAGCUCCUCAGCCUGAACCAGCUCUACCUGAACGACGCCUUCCUAGAGUUCCUACCGGCCAGUUUCGGCAGACUAACCAAACUGCAGAUUCUGGAGCUGCGGGAGAACCAGUUAAAGAUGUUGCCAAAGAGCAUGCAUAAGCUCACACAGCUGGAGCGCUUGGAUCUGGGCAGUAAUGAGUUCACUGAAGUGCCUGAAGUGUUGGAGCAGCUUACAGGAAUCAGAGAGCUGUGGAUGGAUGGAAAUAAGCUGACGUUUUUACCUGGGGUGAGUCUUGCACUCAUUCUUUUUUGGCAUGUCACAUACGCAUCUUUUUGUCUCUGUAGACUCACGACUCUGGAUGAGCUCGACUGCAGCUUCAAUGAGAUCGAGGCGCUGCCGUCCACCAUCGGCCAGUGUGUGAACCUGCGGACGUUUGCUGCAGAUCACAACCUGCUCACACAGAUGCCUCCAGAGAUGGGCAGUUUGAAGAACGUCACCGUUCUCUUCCUGCACUCAAACAAGCUGGAGACUCUGCCGGAAGAGAUGGGUGACAUGCAGAAACUCAAGGUCAUCAAUUUCAGCGACAACAAGUUGAAGAAUCUUCCGUACAGCUUCACUAAACUCAACCAGAUGACCGCAAUGUGGCUGUCUGAAAACCAGUCAAAGCCCCUUAUUCCCCUGCAGAAAGAGGAGGAUCCGGAGACGCGCAAGACCGUACUCACUAACUACAUGUUCCCUCAACAGACCAGAGCUGAGGACUAUGUGCCCAACUCAGACAGCGAGAGCUUUAACCCGUCUCUGUGGGAGGAGCAGCGCAAGCAGCGAAUGAACAUGGCCAAACUCCCACCUGACAACAUGGUGUCGUAUGAGGACCUGGAAAGGACCAAAAGUCCCUCAGCCAAGGAGUCCAUGUCAAGCAACAACAAUGCCAUGGUGUCACUCGAGAACCUUGAGAAUGGGAAUCGGAUUCAGAAAACCCAGUCUGGGGAGAAUUUUAAUGGCCGAACAGCUCAAGUUCCCUUGCGGUAUGAGUCUACGAGGACCGUCUCGACAGGUGUAACAGCCUUAAGCGACAUGAGUCUUUCUCAUAGUACAGAGGAGCUGUCGCCAGAGAAGAAAUAUCCACCAGCUCCAGUGGUAAAAUCUCAGAGCAUUGCCAACAUGGAUGGUGGAGGGAUGAAGCUGUACUCCAUCGAGGGAGAAAGCCCCCCCUAUGAAGUGGCAUGUGCAGCCAGAACGUCUGUAAGUGGUGCUCAGGGCCAGAGCAUUGUCCGCUCCAAAUCCGCCUCCUUGCUCAACGACCAGCCAUUGCAGAUCUACCCUGGUUCCUCUGCAUCAUCCUCUGACCUGUUGUCCAACUCCAAACCUCCAAUUAGCAGCGCCCGCUACCCCACUGGCCCCCCACCGCAGUACAACAUCCAGUACGCCAGUAGCACUGUGCCCAAAGACAACUUGUGGAGCCAACGUACCCCCGUACCUCCUGAGCAGCCCUACCUGCCACCACAGCACUCCCUUGCCAACACCAACUACUCCAACCGCAACAACGCCCCCCCAUAUCCCCAGCCCCAACAACGUGGCCCGCCCAAGACACCGGACAUGUGGGCCAAGGAAAGGAUGCUGCCACCUGUUGGCCAGCGUGGCACCUUGCAGAGACAAGGUAGUGGAUCCUCUGGCAGCCCCAUGUGCAUGCCGGACCAGCGUCGCAUGCCAGGAAUGGAAGGAGAGUACAUGACCUAUCGGGACAUUCAUGCAGCAGGCCGUGGACCUCUGCAGAUGAGCCAGGCCCUCCACAGACCCUUGUCGGCCCGCACCUAUAGCAUGGACGGACCCAACGCUCCCCGGCCACAGAGUGCCCGGCCCCCACCUCACGAGCUUCCAGAGAGGACCAUGUCCGUCAGCGACUUCAACUACCAGCAGGGCAGCCCCAGCAAGAGACCCAGCAUGAGGGUGAAGUCAGAGCACUCGUUGCUGGAUGGGCCAGUCAGCGGAGGCGGCAGGGUUCCAGCAGACUGGAGGGAUCAGGUCAUGAGACACAUCGAAGCCAAGAAGAUGGAGAAGAGUGCUCGCUCUCGGUCUUUGGCCACUCUCAUUGGCAGUCAGAGCUCUCUGGCCUUUAGUGCUGUAGACGGAUGGCAGUUUGGAGCUCAUGGGCCCAGCGAUGAUGUCUUCAGUCCUCAAGGACAACAGGGCUACCAUAUCGACACUCUAAGAAAAGUGCCUUUGAUGAACGGCCAAAUGUGUCCUCCUGUGAGAGCUCCCAUGAGCUGCGCUCAGCCUCCAAUGGCACGCCACCCCUCACGAGAGCAGCUCAUCGACUAUCUGAUGCUCAAAGUGUCCCAGCAGCCCCCGGGGCCUCCACGGGUCCCACACGAGACGCUGCAGCAGGAGCUCCAUGUGAAGAUUGAGAAGAAUCCUGAGCUGGGUUUCAGUAUAUCAGGAGGAGUGGGUGGUCGUGGGAAUCCCUUCCGCCCAGACGACAAUAAUUAA